CGUCGUCGCGACAAGUGGAAGCAAGUGCGUAAGAGAUAAGGGAGUGAAUAGAGCGGGUCCCGCGCUAUUUACGCGCUCCGCGAGGGCGGCGCGGGGUGGUGGCGGGAGGGAGGAAGAGGGAGGAGAGAAACUGGCGGUGAAUGUGUUAUCUCCGCGUUUGACCGCGGACACGUGUAGGACCGAGCGGCGUUCGCGGAUAUCGUGGCGCGGGAUAGUUAGCGGCGCGUUCGGAGUUCAGUAGCGAGGCAAGAUUCGGAGAUACGUGAUCGCUGCGUAAACUCGCGCUCGGCACCGGACACGGCGAGAAAGGUGACCGGAAGAGAGUGACAAGUUCCCGCGGACUAUUGUAUUCUUAGGAGGGACACGUUUACGGUGUGCGAGGUUUAGCUCGGGCCGCGUCGACCCAAGUGGAACUUUCGGUUAUCCAUUGUGACUCGAGAGGUCCAUCGAGAGACGGCUGCUGCAUCGGACUUUUCGUGCUCCGUGUUAUUUUCAGCAGCGCGCGAUACCGUUCGGAGUGAAUUCGAGAGACCCGCAGCGUCUCUCCGACUCGCGUGAUCUUCUCGAGAAUCGAGACGAUAGUCGGUGUCGUUGCUCCUUUUUCGUAAAAAAAAUCCCGAGAGAGAUACAUAUACGAGGUGAGAAAUACGUGCGUGCGCGUAGGUGAACGCGCGUGGCCGCGUGCGUCGUGUAUGCGCGUGAUGCAAGUCGCGCGGACUGUCGCAACCCGCGUCGGAUAAACAAUCGGCCGGCCGCUCGCGCGUCCGAGGAAAAAAUCGCCGCGAGGGUGGGAAGACUUCGCGGAGCGAGGAAGGGAACGUUGCCUCGGUGGGUGCAGUGAGUGCGGUAGGGAUCAGGUGCCGGGAAACAGGCCCCGGAGACGUCGCUUCACUUCCUUCUUCCCGAGUUCCGCGCGUCACAAGAGGGAACGGCAGGUGAACAAUAGCGCGUAGAAAAGAAAGGACCGAGCCAUCUGGGUGCGGCAUAAGGCGGAAGGCGAAAGAGGCGGGGAAGUCUCUCGGAGGUGGUUUUAGAUGUUAGAAGGCGCGGGGGUGGCUAGAGUGGCCCCGCCGCUGGGUACGGGUCCCGAUGCCGGUCCCCGUAUCGCAAACACCCACAUUAACCUCCACCCUCGUGCCCAAGGAGGAAUCAAACAUGCCCUUCAUAGACGACGAGCUGUUCUGGUAUGACAAUGACGGAAAGAUAGACACUCUCACCCAGUGCCUUCAGAGCAACACGGGCCAAUCGGUGGAGUUUUCAUCGAUGGAAUUGAGUGCUCUGGUGGGAACACCAACGGCAUCGAAUGUGCCGGUGGAGGAAGGUACUGGUAUGUCCGGUGUCACAGGGGAGGAAAUUCCUUUCGAUCCCCUGGACUUGCUGCGGGAACUCGAGGCAGAGGCCAGCCAACCCACCUCCACCACAACACCUUCGUCCUACAAGAGACAGAGGCACAACAUCGCCGCUGCGAACCCUCUAUUAGCCGAAAAAUUAGCAGCGCCUUCGACACAACCGUCUCCAACUUCCAUCCCUUAUGUCUCCAGAACGGAAAUUAAAACGGAGAAUAUCCACCCCGAGGCGAGUAAAGUGGACACCAGGGAAGUCCAGCCGCACGACCCGAGCGAGAAAGAACAGCUGGGCCUCGCGAGCGUAAAAGUGGAGCCGGGGUCGACUAGCGCGACGACCACCAGCAGCACGGGGACUCGUCUGCUCCACGGUAUCCUUUCCCAGCAUCCCCAGCAGCACGGUCUGGGGCUGCAGAAUGGAUACGGCCGACACUUGGCCGGUCACGCACAGAUGGGCCAACCGCCUUACACCACUGCCGCCAUCGCCACGACGAGUACGCCAGGAAGCGGAUCACUGCCAGCGAGCCCAGCGGACAGCGGAGUCAGCGACGUCGAGUCCAGCACGUCCUCCGGCGGCAACGAGGACGCGAAUCUCUUACUGAAAGCCAGGCUCAAUCCUAAUUCGUCCCUCCAGCCGAGUCUGGCGUCUCAUCACUCCCAUCUGUCGUCGGCACUCGGCAGAUCAGCCUGCCACAGCCCCGGUGUGUACCCGGGGUCGACGGCAAGCUUCCUGUCGCCCACCUAUCAUCCUCAUCAGCAUCAUCCCUCCCAGUACCAUCCACAUCGGGGGAGCUCGCCGCACCAUCAGCACAGCAACCACACCAUGGGUCCGACGAUGGGGCCGCCUCACCACCACCAUCAUCAUCAAGCGCAGGGUCUCCAGCAUCACUUGCAUUACCGCCAGGCGUCCUCACUGUCCGACAGCUACAGCAGUUACAUAAACAUGUACGGCGGGGGUGGGCAGUUCGCGACCCCCUGCACCCCGAGCCCGCCGCGGGGACCCGGCGGCGUGCCCACCAGCGUGAUCCAGGCGGCCACCAGCUCGGUCUCGGACGAUCUUUACCUACUCGAGCUCGGCUUCCCGUCGCGCUCGAAGAAGAGCAAGCUGAAGAAGCCGCGGCAGAGCGGCGAGGGCGGGGCCGCGGUGAAGCGGAAGUCGCGCGAGGGCUCGACCACGUACCUAUGGGAAUUCCUGCUCAAGCUGCUGCAAGACCACGAGUACUGUCCGCGCUACAUCAAGUGGACGAAUCGCGAGCGGGGCGUUUUCAAGCUGGUCGACAGCAAGGCGGUUUCGCGGCUCUGGGGCAUACACAAGAACAAGCCGGACAUGAACUACGAGACGAUGGGCAGGGCGCUGCGCUACUACUAUCAACGCGGUAUUCUGGCCAAGGUGGACGGCCAGCGGCUGGUCUACCAGUUCGUCGACGUGCCGAAGGACAUCGUCGAGAUCGAUUGUACGGGCGCAUGAGACAGGGAGUCGGCCCGUCCAGCGGGGCACGAGAGGGAGAAGAAAGAGGAACAUCAGCAGCAGCAGCAGCACGGCGUCUCGGCGCGGGUCCCGCGCGGACGUCGACCACCGCCGUUGCCGUUGUCCUUGUCGUUGCCGUCGCCGUCGCUGAUGCGACGUCGCGGACUCGUCCUCGCGACAUCGCCGGGGCCUCUUCCGCGCGAGAGGCCGCCGUUCGGUUUUCUCCACCGAGACGCGCCGACCUGGCACACCCCUCAGAUCUUGUAAAACGCGUUCUCUCUUUCUCCCUCUCUCCUCCCGCCCGUCUCUCUCUGUUCGCUUCUCUAUCCCUCCCCCCCCCUCUCUCUACUUUCGUCUUUCUCUCUGGCUUCGUUUGUUCCUUGUAUUAUACCUAUGUAAAUGUAUAUUAAGGCGCCGCGUGACGAUGUCGUCGGAGGUGGUCCCGACCCGAGUACCUCGUCCUUCUCCUGCGGCCCGUUUCUUUCUCGCGUGUUCGAAUGCCGCGUAGGAUCGGGGCAGGACACGGUGCCCGACUCGUUGAAAUUUGUACAAAAUUUAGUUCUUAACGUAUCGAGAAAGGAAACUAAAGAUUCUAUCUGGUGUACCUUGCAGGAGGGACGCUGUGGACAAAUUUACUUAAGCCGCGAGAGCACCGGGGAAAAAGCGAAAAAUUGUAUAUUCGAAAGAGCGACAAAUUAUUUAUUGUAUAUUAGACGUUUAUAU